GUAACCUCCAGACAUGGCAGAGGCUCACCAAGCUGUGGCCUUCCAGUUCACCGUCACUCCCGACGGCAUCGACCUCCGCCUGAGCCAUGAAGCCCUUAAACAAAUCUGUCUCUCGGGACUCCACUCCUGGAAGAAGAAGUUCAUCCGAUUCAAGAACGGCAUCAUCACCGGCGUGUUCCCCGCAAGCCCCUCCAGUUGGCUCAUUGUGGUGGUGGGCGUGAUGUCCUCCACGUACCUCCAAGUGGACCCCUCCCUGGGGAUGAUCGCAAGAAUCAACCGGACCCUGGACACCACCAACUGCAUGACCAGCCAGACGAAGAAAGUGGUCAGCGGCGUCCUCUUCAGUACGGGCCUCUGGGUGGCCCUCAUCGUCACCAUGCGCUACUCCCUGAAGGUGCUGCUCUCCUACCACGGCUGGAUGUUCGCGGAGCACGGCAAGAUGAGCCGAGCCACCAAGAUCUGGAUGAGCAUGGUCAAGAUCUUCUCUGGCCGGAAGCCCAUGCUGUACAGCUUCCAGACGUCCCUGCCUCGCCUGCCUGUCCCAGCUGUGGAGGACACCAUCAGCAGGUAUCUGGAAUCCGUGAGGCCUCUCAUGAAGGACGGGGACUUCCAGCGCAUGACAGCACUUGCCCAAGAUUUUGCUGUCAACCUUGGACCAAAAUUACAGUGGUACUUGAAGUUGAAAUCCUGGUGGGCCACAAAUUAUGUGAGCGACUGGUGGGAGGAGUACAUUUACCUGCGAGGACGGGGACCACUGAUGGUGAACAGCAACUACUACGCCAUGGAGAUGGUGUACAUCACCCCGACUCACAUCCAGGCCGCGAGAGCGGGCAACGCCAUCCACGCCAUCCUGCUGUACCGCCGCAAGGUGGACCGGGAGGAGAUCAAGCCGAUCCGCCUCCUGGGCUCCACGGUCCCCCUGUGCUCCGCGCAGUGGGAGCGCUUGUUCAACACUGCCCGGAUCCCCGGGGAGGAGACAGACACCAUCCAGCACGUCAAGGACAGCAGGCACAUCGUGGUGUACCACCGCGGCCGCUACUUCAAGGUGUGGCUCUACCACAGCGGGAGGCUGCUGACGCCCCGGGAGCUGGAGCAGCAGAUGCAGAGGGUCCUGGACGACCCGUCAGAGCCGCAGCCCGGGGAGGCCAAGCUGGCCGCGCUCACCGCGGCCGACAGAGUGCCCUGGGCCAAGUGUCGCCAGGACUAUUUUGGACGUGGGAAAAACAAGCAGUCUCUGGACGCUGUGGAGAAAGCCGCGUUCUUCGUGACCUUGGAUGAUACGGAGCAGGGGUACAGGCAGGAGGACCCGGAGGCGUCCCUGGACAGCUACGCCAAGUCCCUCCUGCACGGCAAGUGCUUCGACAGGUGGUUUGACAAGUCCAUCACGUUUAUCGUCUUCAAGAAUGGCAAGAUGGGCAUCAACGCGGAGCACUCCUGGGCGGAUGCACCCAUCGUGGGCCACCUGUGGGAGUACGUCAUGGCCACCGACUGCUUCCAGCUGGGGUACACGGAGGACGGUCACUGCAAAGGGGACCCCAACCCCAGCAUCCCCUGCCCCACCAGGCUGCAGUGGGACAUCCCGGAAGCGUGUCAGGAGGUGAUCGAGACGUCCCUGAACAGCGCGAAUCUUCUGGCAAAUGAUGUGGACAUCUACUCCUUCCCGUUCGACGCCUUUGGUAAAGGGAUGAUCAAGAAAUGCCGGACGAGCCCCGACGCCUUCAUCCAGCUGGCCCUGCAGCUGGCGCACUACAAGGACAUGGGCAAGUUCUGCCUCACGUACGAGGCCUCCAUGACCCGGCUGUUCCGAGAGGGCAGGACAGAGACCGUGCGCUCCUGCACCACAGAGUCCUGCAACUUCGUGCUGGCCAUGAUGGACCCCAGCCAGACGGUGGAGCACAGGCUCAGGCUGUUCAAGGUGGCCUCCGAGAAGCACCAGCACCUGUACCGCCUGGCCAUGACGGGCGCUGGCAUCGACCGCCACCUCUUCUGCCUCUACGUGGUGUCCAGAUACCUCGCCGUGGACUCCCCUUUCCUUAAGGAAGUCUUAUCUGAGCCCUGGCGACUGUCGACCAGCCAGACCCCUCAGCAGCAGGUGGAGCUCUUUGACCUGGAGAGGAACCCAGAAUACGUGUCCAGUGGAGGGGGCUUCGGGCCGGUGGCCGACGAUGGCUACGGCGUGUCCUACAUCAUCGUGGGAGAGAACUUCAUCCACUUCCACGUCUCCUCCAAGCUCUCCAGCCCCGAGACGGAUUCCCACCGCUUUGGGAGACACCUGAAGCAAGCCAUGGCAGACAUCAUCGCCCUGUUCAGGCUCUCGGUGAACUCCAAGAAGUAGCCCCGCGGGCCACCCUGGAGGAACGUGGACUCCUCUCCACAAACCAAACGAAGAAUAGGAUUAAUCCUGGUCGUAGUUCAGGACGAAAAUUGCUCUUAGAAAACUCAGAAAUUUUCCUUCCAAAAAAGAGUUUGUUGCUUUGUUUCCCCAGCACGGUGGGUGGCACCGCGUGAAGCGUAACCCACCGUCCCCAGGUCCUGGCUUCAGGAGGGCUCCACAUGUCCCCAGAGCCUGUGCCGCAGCUGGUACUUAUUAAGGGACUAAGACGCCGCUGGGUGGGUGGAGGGGGAGUGGGUAGCACCUCACACACUUGAGAAUGGAACCACACCCCUCGGGUGACCCAGGACCUGGUACUUAAGGCGUCCAGCGUCAUCACAGCAGUUCAGACACUUGAUUUGUAAAAAGGAAAUGUGUGGUUCGGGUCGGCAGUGGUAACAGUUGCAGCUAACACGGUCACGCACUAACUAGAACCCACGCUUGGGGGAUCGGCUUUGUCGCUGUGGGUAACUGUCCUGUCUGGGUUGCUGGUCUGUGUUUGAAGCAAGCCCCAUGCAGCCUCCUUAGUGUUACUGACCUUUCAAGUCUCCAGAACCCAGUGCCUUAAAGUGGGAGGCCCUCUGGGGUGGGUGGGGAUUGGGAGUCUGGGUGACUUGUGGGGAUGUGGCACCUUCUUCAAUAUGCUAGGCGCAGAGGACCCCAGGUCAGUGCUGCAGUGUCCCCACCCCAGAGGACCAAUUCCCUCUUGGGAGCAACCGUGCUGGGUUCCCCUCAUGGGUGUCCUUCCUGCCAUCAUUAGGCAGCAGAAUAACAGGGAUGGAUGGUCAGAUGGUAGCUACAGAUGAGGCCUGGUGCCAGCCUCACACAUACUGCUCCCCCUGCUGGCGAGACGGUGCCACUGCAAAGGGAGCAGAACCUGGGGAGGGCAGGGCAACACUCUGUGGUCAGGACUCCUGGUCUGGGACCCCAGUGGGAUUGCCUUCUCAUCCCCCCUGGUCGGAGAGAAGACCCGACCUCAUUUCCAAAGGAGCCGGAGGGGGCUGGAACAGCAGUCCGGGUCACUUUGACGAGAGACCAGAGUGGCCCAGUGGUGGGUGCUAGGUUCACAGCCUGACCUUCGGGUAGGAGUGCCUUCACCGGAAGCGCCUGCUUGAUCCCGAAGCACUUGUGCCCUCCGUCAUCCUCAGUAUUGAGUGCAGAUGCAAAGCAUCAUGGGGACAUCCCGCUGCCUCUGGUCUGUCGCCACGAGUUUCGCGGUCCAUUUUUUAAAUUGUGUAUUUAUUUUUCUGACCACUUUAUCCUUGCCGGGCUCCCCCUUCCUGCUUCUGCACUCCAGUGACAAAGAGCAAGGGUUGGGCAGUUGCCCAGACAGAGCACUUGCCCGACGUGCAUGUCUUACUUCUGUGUGUUUUGUAAUGUAGAAAUCCCACCUCCAUGGGCCAAAGAUCCUUUCCUCUUAAAAUCUAGAAGGAAUGUCAACAAAAGGCAAAAACAAGAACAGUAAACUAUUAUAGUAAACAAAGCCCCGUACUGUGGUAUUCGGUGGGUCUGGGGGAAAUUGCCCCUGCCCAGGGCCGUGGAGCUCACAGCCAGCAGGCAGCAGCCACAGGAGCUCCUCCAGAGUCACCCAGGUAGUGUGCUGGUGACCACUGAGCAGUCGUUUCCAUGUGUCCACACAGGAAUCCGAGUGUAGACGUGUUAGCACUCAAACACACUUGGGCUUAUCUCUCAGGUUUUAUAUGUUUCAGAUGUAUUUGUUGCUAAUCAGUGUGCAGUUAUCAAUGCAAUUUUAUAUUCCUUAAAAAGAGGAAGAGUGGGUUUUUAUUGUACAUGUCAAAAGGGGGAGGUGAGAGUAUUAUAUAUUUAAUUUAAUUUGGAACAAACUAGAGUCUUAACACAGCCAUGGUUUAAAUUGGUUAUCCUGAUCUGUCCACUGCGUGUAAAUACAAUGUGCUCUUGGAUGUAAAUCUUAGAAAUGCAUGGUGUGAAUGUAGAUGAUCAUUAAUAAAACAUUAAUCCUGUCUACUACA